ACCGAGAGAUGGGGCGAGAGAAACUCCGGAGACCGCUGGAAACACCAUGGUGAUGCCAGGAUGUGGUAUUUCGGGGCGAAUCGCCGGCAAUGCAGCCUGGGCCGAAUGAUGAGGGCCGCCAUUGGAGAUCGGUGAUCUUGGGAGCCAGGAAGCGAGAUCGUCUCGCACGCAAAGAUGUGAUGUGAUGCAGCUGGGGUCGAACCUGGAACAGCUGAAGACGAGAAACUCCGGCAUCUAUCGACCAUCAAUGGGAUCCAGCGUCUCUCUCCUCGUGGCUCUCGCAUCCUUUAUAUAUGAUGGCGGGCACAGGGUCUCCAUCGCGUCCCGGCGUCCAUCCUUGCCAAGUGCAACCACACUAUCGUCGACCUAGUUAGCUCACCAGUCAUGGAGCCAUCAUCAUUGCCCCCCAUAGCAGAAAUCCAGCAGGUUAGCCCUGCUCACGUCAGGAUGCCGUCCACGUCGUCCUCGGAAACGGCCUACACGACGGAUGACUCGCCGAGGUCCAGCAAGACGCCGCAUACGCGAUCGUCCUCGUCGGCAUCUGACAUCUCGUACGUAAAAGAGAAGAAGCCCUCUCACUCGCACUCGCCAUCCAGCGCGUCCGCCGCGUCCGACACGUCAGUGACGCCCCUGGUUCGGGACAAGGAGAAGCGGGAGAGCUACUCGUCCGUCUGGUCCGACCUCGAGGCCCAGCGGGGAGAGAUCGACGACUUCUCGCGCAAGCGCUUCGGCUUCCUCCGCUACACCAUCCUCACCGUCUACCGCCGCCUGUUCAGCCUGGCCUUCAUCGGCAACGCCAUCGCCUUCGUCGUCCUCAUGAUCAAGGGCGCCGCCCCGCUGGACCUCGUCAAUGCCUCGGCCGUCAACCUGGCCGUGUGUGGCCUCUGCCGGCACCCGCUCGUCAUCAACGCCCUGUUCCUCACCUUCGGCGCCGUCCCGCGCUCGGCGCCCAUGCGCCUGCGCCGGCUGGCCUGCAAGAUCUUCCACCUCGGCGGCGUCCACAGCGGCACCGGCGUGGCCUCGUGCGUCUGGUACAUCGGCUUCGCCGCCACCUACACGUACCACUUCGAGGCCUCGCCUGCCUCCGUCGCCGUCCUGGUGCUCAUCUGGCUCGUCCUGCUGCUGCUGCUGGCCAUCAUCGCCGUCGCCCACCCGGCCUUCCGCGUCCGGCACCACGACUGGUUCGAGCUCACCCACCGCUUCUCCAACUGGGCCAUCCUGGCCCUCUUCUGGGUCCUCCUCUUCCUGCUCGCAAACCAGGAGCCCUCGGUCUCGGCCUUCCUCGUCAACCUGCCCGCCUUCUGGAUCCUCAUCCUGCUGACCGCCGCCACCAUCCACCCCUGGCUGCUCCUCCGCCGCGUGCCCGUCCGGGCCGAACCGCUCUCGGCCCACGCCGUCCGCCUGCACUUCUCCCACGCCGCAGUCCGCUUCGGCCAGGGCAUCAGCGUCGCCCGCCACCCGCUGGCCGACUGGCACAGCUUCGCCAGCUUCACCGACCAGUUCGACACGCCCGACACAAAGUUCUCCUGCCUCGUCUCCAAGGCGGGCGACUGGACCCGCCAGGCCAUCGCCGACCCGCCCACCUACCUCUGGAAGCGCGGCGUGCCCACCUACGGCUUCGGCUACGUCUUCCGCAUGUUCGACCGCAUCAUCGUCGUCACCACCGGCUCCGGCAUCGGGCCCUGCCUGUCCUUCAUCGAGGACGCCCACCGCCCCGCCAUGCGCGUCGUCUGGCAGACCAAGAGCCCGCUCAAGACGUACGGCCAGCGCACCCUCGACCUGGUCGCCAGGAUGGACCCGGACCCCGUCGUCAUCGACACCUCCAUCUCCGGCCGCGUCGACAUGCUCCCCAUCGUCCUCAAGCUGUACAAGGACUUUGACGCCCAGGCCGUCUGCGUCAUCAGCAACCCCGCCAUGACCCGCAGCCUCGUCUACGGCCUCGAGACGAGGGGGAUCGCCGCCUAUGGGCCCAUCUUUGACAGCUAAUUAAUUAAUAGGCGGUGACACUAGAUAAUUUCGAUUUCGGGUUUCCGGGAUAUU